UUAGGGUUCUUGGGGGAAAGAAACGAGUUUAGGGUUCUUCGUGGGAUGGGCGCGAAGGGCUUCUCCUUCUGCGCCGUGUGCCGGAGGAAUCACGAGCAAGGGAGAGGUCACAGGUACUCGGCAGGCCAUCGCAAUGCGCUGCAGAGCGUUCUUGGGAAGACCCGGAUGAAAAUCGAGGGCGUCAGAGGAUUUCUUGGCAAUCCGCUAGCUCAGGCGCCGUCGCAUCGCUUCUGGUGCUUGUUCUGCGAGGAAGAUGUUGCUGACGAUCAAGGCAGCAGCUCCAUUGCCUGCUCCAAUGCAAUUCACCAUCUCGCAAGCGCGGCCCACGUCUCAAAUGUGAAGAGGUUUUGGUGUGAGAAUGGCGCUGACGCCAACACCCGUCACGACUUUUUCUUUUCGAGAAAGGAGAUCGCGGAUUGGGAAGCUGUUUGCGGUGAUGGAGCUUUGGCGGACAGCAGCAGCGUAGCUACAACACAAGGUGCCACGGAGAAUAAUAUCCAUCAUGAACGGUUUCUGGCUGCAAAGAGCAGCCAAAGUCCCAGUGUUUGUGUUGAGCCUUUACAAAAAAUUUCCAAGGAUCAGACAUUGCAGGUUAACGGUGCUACAGCGCAUAAGCACACAGUGGCAGCGUUUGGUGGAAAUCUUGCCACUGUCAGUCCACGGCCGCUUGUGUCAAGCAAGGGAAACGUGCACUCUGGGGCCCCCCCGCCUUGGUUGUCUGACCUCCCGACUCACGGAAGUGACGACGGGUGUCCGAAGGGAAUUUCCAAACGUAAACGAAGAGAGAUGGAGCGGCUAGACAAGCGCGUUGGAGCGGCUUGGGCCAAUCGGCGAAAGGCACAGCUUGAGCGAGAUGCCGCACCGCGCAGAGAAGAAGCUGCGAACGAUUGGCUCCCGAGCUUUGGACGAGUUUGGCAGAACGGAUCGAGGAGGGACAGCCGUAAGGAGUUUGAGAUGGAGAAGAAGAAGCUGCGUGAAGAGACGACAAACUCCACGCCUCCUGCGGUGCAACCAUACGUUGGGAAGAGAAAGCAUUUACAAAUGGAAAUGGAAGCCGGAGGUGGGAAGCACGACUAAGUCACAUUGAGCUUCCCAAGGUGCGAUUUUCCAGCUUGGAUUUCCUAACCUUUGUGUAAGGUGCAAACACUGGGUGCAGAGAACAAGGGAUACAUCGGUCAUAAUACGGCAAUCAUACAGGAACUUAGCAGUCGACAUCAAUUUUGGUAUUCAUUUUUAUCGUUGUUGCAAAAGCGGUCGUAGUUUUUCUCGCUUUGACAUUCCUGAUGCGUUUGUUUUUUUUUUUUUUUUCUUUUCGUUUUGUUACUGUAGGUAGCUCGCAGCACUAAGAAAACAUGCCGCAAUAUAUAGACUCGUCGUUCUCGCUUUCUCGCUCAAGUUGGCGCCCUUUCGGCAUCGCGUCGCAGAGCCAGAGAGAUUUUGUGAUGUGUCAAGCGCGGAGAAGAGAUUCUCGUUCCUGGAGGAAGAAGAAAACUUAUUGCAGUGGACCUUCACACCGACUGCCUGGUUUCUCGCAAAACGAACUCCAACAUUACGAAGCCAAGUAAAGUGGUGUGAAAAAAAAAAAAGAAGGAUCGAGCGAAAGAAUGGUGGAAGGAAUAAAAGAGACGAGAGUUACAUACAUCGACAACGCGAAAAAAUCGUAGCUCUAGCUUUUAUAUAGAAGGGAUUUUUGAGGUUCGAUUCCCA